CAUCGGCCCACCACUCUCCGCAUAUAAAAGGGAUGCGAUAAGGAAGGCGAAACUAGACUCGCCUUUUUCACGGCGCAUUUCCCACUCCACCCAUCCCCAUCGCGUAGUGGAGCCAGAGAGAAACCACACUCCAAAACCCACACCGUUCCCCAUGGAGAAGGGCGACCAAACCCUCGCCAACCGCCCCGCCGCCGCCGUCGACGGCGAGAAGGCCAUGGUCACCGGAGGCGCAGUCGGGGGCGACUUCACCGCCACCGCCAACGGUCAUCCCAUCAAGUCCUACGCCGACGUGGCAGCCGAGAAGACCAUUCCCAACGGCAACGGCAGCGUCGCGGAGGAUGAGGUCGCCGUCACCGCCGCCGAGAACCCCGUCAAGUCCUACGCCGCCGUCGUCGCCGAGAAGACCGAACACACCGGCAGCGUCGCAGAGGACGAGGUCAUCGUCAACGGCGCCGAGAACCCCGCCAAGUCCUACGCCGCCGUCGUCGCCGAGAAGACAGAACACACCGGCAGCGUCGCAGAGGACGAGGUCAUCGUCAACGGCGACGAGAACCCCACCAAAUCCUACGCCCCAGUUGCCGCCAAGAAGACCGUGCCCGACGGCAGCGUUGCAGGGGAUGAGAUCACCGUCAUCGCCUCCGACUCCGACUGCGUGAACCCCACCAAGUCCUACGCUGACGUCGCCGCCAACGCUGAGAUCUGGGACCUCCGCACCGCCACCCGCGCAGUGGAGGAGAGGCUCGCCGCUGCCGACCGUGAGUACAAGGGGUUCUCCUCGAAGACCGACAGCUUGAACGGGAGCGUCUCUCAGGCUAGGGGAAACUUGGUCAAGCUCGAGUCCGAGGUCGCUUCUUCCGACGCGAAGGUGGCCGCGCUGCGGGAGGAGCUCAAGGAACUGGAGGAACUCUUCAAAGCAGAGAAGGAUAAAAGAAAGGCGGACACGCUCAACUCCGAGCAGCUCGACGGCAAGGUGAACUCCUUGCGCCAGGUGAGGCCCUGGCUCCAGGAGGAGAUCGAUGCCCUGAGGAAGAAGGCCGCUGAAGCCGCCGCUGGCCCUGCCGUGGAGGAGGAGAGCGUGGUUCCUCCGUCGACUGGGGAACGGGUCGCGGUGAAGGCUGGAGCCGUGGCCGUCGGGGCCGCCGUUGCAGCCGCUGCCGUGCUGAUCUGCCUCCGUCUCAAGAGGUAAACUGGUGAUCUGAUGCACAGGAAGUUUUGAUCUGCCGCAACAGCUUAUGGAAGAUUUGAUGAGUUUUUUUGUGUUGAUGAUGGUAGAGUACUGGACUGAGAAUAGUAUGACUUCUAUGAACUUGUUGUUGCUUAAUAGCCUACCAAAACAUAGGGAUCUGGGGAUUUUUUUUAUGUUCCAUCACUGUUUUUCGUUUUAGCAUUCUACGUAUGACGUGGUGACACCAAAUGUCUAAACAUUUUGUGAUGCGUAACUGAGAAACGCCGUAUGGUUCUUGGCGGUUAUGCCAUUUUCUC